AGUCUCUUGACCUUUCGUCGCAAAUUCCAGCCUGAUACUCCUCUCCGCUAAACCAAAACGAUGGUCGUUCUCCGUCUUGUUCGAGCCCUCUACUAAUCGCUUGAUUUUCUCUCUCCGAACAUAAUUUCUCGGACGAUCUUUGCUCUCUUCGCCUCUUCCCAUUGUAAUCUAUUCAAAAAUGAUCCGAUUUAUAUUGCUCCAGAACAGGCAAGGGAAGACCCGUCUCGCGAAGUAUUACAUUCCUCUUGAGGAGUCGGAGAAGCACAAGGUCGAAUACGAGGUUCAUCGGUUGGUCGUGAAUAGAGAUCCCAAGUUCACCAAUUUCGUUGAGUUUCGAACGCACAAGGUUAUCUACAGGAGAUAUGCUGGAUUAUUUUUCUCCCUAUGUGUUGAUAUAACCGAUAAUGAGUUGGCAUAUUUAGAGUGUAUUCACUUAUUUGUGGAGAUAUUGGAUCAUUUUUUCAGCAAUGUGUGCGAGCUAGAUUUGGUAUUUAAUUUUCACAAGGUCUAUCUGAUAUUGGAUGAGUUCAUUCUUGCUGGGGAGCUCCAGGAAACAAGCAAGAGGGCAAUUAUAGAGAGAAUGGGAGAGUUGGAAAAGCUGGAGUAAAGAAUCAUUUAGCUCCACAUCAUAUUCAGAUAGACUUUUGCUGGGCCUUCUUUCUCUUCUGUAUUUUUGGUGGCUUGUUUCUCUCUUUCUCCCCAACAGUUUUCCUGCUUUCGUGUACUAUUCUAGCUGGCGUCAUUGUUUUUAUACCUGAAGAUGAACCUUAAUGACUUCCAAUAUAUCUAGCAGGGGCUCCACUUUAUGUCUCUCUUCACGACAUCUUUUGUAUUUGUUGUUUAAAACGAUUCCCUGAAGAUGGCAAAGUUGUGUGCGCUCUUAUGCUAGCAGAUUAUACAUCAUUUGAUUAAAAAUUCCAGUGUUAGUUACCA